AUGUCUGUCGCCAAGCAUCAUUACCCGUCCUCGGGCUCGAAUUCCCCAGAGCCAAAAUAUCCUGUAGAUGUUGACAUUGAGACGGCGGACCGCGAGGAAGGCGAAGGUCAUAAUUUACAUCGUGGACUGAAGUCUCGCCAAAUUACUAUGAUUGCUAUCGGAGGAGCGAUUGGUACUGGCUUGAUCAUUGGAACGUUCGUUCUACCUACCUACCUGCCUCUAAGCUUUAUAUCUCAAGCUGGACCUGCGCCGCUCUUCAUUGGUUAUACGAUAGUUGGCUUCUUGUGUUUCUUGGUUAUGGCUGCGUUGGGAGAGAUGGCUGCUUGGCUUCCCAUGUCUAGUGGUUUCACUGGUUAUGCGACGAGAUUCUGUGACCCUGCACUUGGCUUCGCUCUGGGAUGGAAUUACUGGUUCAAGUACAUCAUUGUCACGCCCAACAACCUCACAGCUGCAUCUUUGGUUAUCCAGUACUGGGUUCCACGAGAGAAGGUCAACCCAGGUGCAUUCAUCGCUGUCUUCUUAGUCGUCAUUGUCCUCAUCAACUACUUUGGAGUCAAGUUCUUUGGAGAAUUCGAAUUCUACUUGUCUAGUAUCAAAGUUCUUGUCAUUCUAGGGCUCAUUCUCCUGAGUUUGAUCCUUGCAUGUGGAGGUGGACCCAACCAUCAUGCUACUGGCUUUCAAUACUGGAAAAACCCGGAGGACUCUGCUGGAAGAUUCCUUGCUGUUUGGUCGACCUUCACCACUGCAGUGUUUGCGUACCUAGGAACUGAAUUGGUUGGAGUGACUGUCGGUGAAGCAGCAAAUCCACGCAAAGUCAUCCCCCGUGCUAUCAAGCUCACCUUCUACCGAAUCCUGCUCUUCUACGUCGUCCUUGUCUUCCUUUUGGGAAUGCUCGUGCCAUACAACUCCAAGGACCUCAUUGAUGCCAACAAGAAGUCAUCCAGCACUGCUUCCGCAUCUCCAUUCGUCGUCGCCAUCAAACUCAGCGGGAUCCCGGUCCUGCCCGGUCUUUUCAACGCCUGUGUCCUGAUCUUUGUUUUCUCUGCGGCAAACUCCGAUCUCUACAUCGCAUCCAGAACGCUUUACGGCCUGGCUCACGAGAACAAGGCUCCUAAGAUCUUCGGCAAGACUGACAAGCGCGGCAUGCCCAUCUACGCAUUGGCGCUUUCUACCGUCUUCUGUCUGUUGGCCUUCCUCGGUUGCAAUACAUCUUCCUACACCGUAUUCGGCUACUUUGUCAACCUGGUCACCAUGUUCGGUCUCCUAACCUGGAUCUCGAUUCUCGUCUCCCACAUCUGCUUUGUGCGAGCGCGUCGCGCGCAGAACAUCCCCGACACCGCGCUGGCAUAUGUCGCUCCCCUCGGAGUCUACGGCUCCUACGGCGCGCUGGUAUUCAGCUGCCUGAUCGCCUUCUUCAAAGGCUUCGCUCUCUUCUGCUACAAGAAGACAGCGACCAAAGGCACGACUCCCGAGUUCGAUACCCGGACUUUCGUCACCACGUACCUGGGCAUCCCGCUGUACAUCAUCAUGAUCUUCGGUUACAAGCUCAUCAUGAAGUCCGAGACGGUCAAGCCCGAGACGGCAGAUCUGUACAGUGGAAAGGCCAAGAUCGAUGCAGAGGAGCAGGAAUACCUUGCGGCGGAGGCGGCGCAGGCCGGUGGGCCCGAGUCUAGGGGACAGAAGAUCUAUAGACUUACUCUUGGGUGGGCUUUCUAG